AUGUCUGAUGACCCUACACCAUCGGUAUCAAUAAUUCAAGAUAAUAUUACCAAUGAAAGUAGUGAACUCCAUUUAGAAGGUCUUCAACCUGACUCACCUAUAGUAUCAGAAAGUACAGAUACUUCUUUAUCAGAUUCGUAUCUUAUAUUUGAAAAUAUAGAAGAUUCUAAAUCUGAUUUAGCCUUAGUAUCUGAAUAUGCAGAACAAAAUUCCAAUUCUUUAAGCUUUGAUAAUUUUGCAGAAGGAUCAAUUCGCAGAAAAAAAAUAAAUAGUGAUAGUGAACAUGAAACACAACUUGAUCUAUUGGAUAUUAAUUCGGAUAAUUAUGAAGAUGAAACAGAUGACAGUAUUAAUAUUACUACUGAAGUUAUGGUUGCUAUUUAUAAAGAAAUUACAAUUAAUAUUGUUGCCUCAACUUUAUUAAAAAAAUUUUCAGAUUCAAUUAAUUACUCCUUUAGAGUAUUUGAUAAUUCUAUUACAUCAGGAAGAACAUUAACUAAAUACUUACAAACAUUAAAUUUUAUUGCAUCUUGUGAUUAUUUUUCAAACUCUAAUUCAAUUUUUGUAACAUCUGCAAUUGAACGAGUUGGAAUUAUUUGUAUUGAAGAUGAAAAGUUUGGUUCUGUUUCUUCACGAUUAGACUCAAAUUUAUAUAUAAUUGCAGCUUUUGUUGAUGAAAAAAAGACUAAAGCUGGUAAAGAACGUAAAAUAUAUUACUGGCCUGGAAAAGUAUUAUACUAUUUUAAGCAUCGAGUACAGGUUUCAAAGGAGGUUACCACAGAAAAUUCUAGAAAUCAAAUAGAUUUUAAAACUAUAGAGCAUUCAUUUGCUUUUGUUGAUUGGUAUAAAACAUCUAAUUGUUGUGAUCAUUUUCAUAUUUAUAGUCAUGAAACUGAUUGCUUUCAAUUUGAUGAAAGUGGACGUGCUCAUGCUGGAAUGUUUUGUGCUAAGUUGUGGGAAAAUAGCUUUUACAAACAUUCAGUUGAAAAUGUUCUGCCUGUUCAAAGAAUUUUCUGUUGA